AUGGCCACGACACCGAUACACCUGGUGCUCGACAACACCUACGGAGCGAUGCUCAUCGGUGUCAUCAUAUCCGCAGCCCUCUGGGGAGUCUCCUGUACCCAGGCGUGGUUCUACUUUGAGAAGUACGAGUCCGAUCAGUGGUUUAUCAAGCUCAUGGUCGCGACGGCCUGGGCCACCGAUACCGUGCAUCAAAUAUUGAUAUCGCAUGCCGCCUACAUAUAUCUCGUCAAGAAUUUCGCAAACCCAGUGAAACUUGGCGAGAUCGUGUGGAGCAUGGUCGUCGAAGUGCUUUUCACCGGCUUCACCGCAUUCAUUGUCCAGUCGUUCUUUGCUUACAGGGUGUACAAACUGAGCCACGGCAACCUUAUUAUAACCGGGCUGACGGUCGCGUUGGUGGUCGCUGAGAUUGUAUAUGUCACCAAGGCGAUUCACUUGGAGACAUACGCGCAAUUGGUAGUGCUGAAGAACCUGUCCAUGGCUGUCAAUGCCAUCGGAGCGGCCGGUGACGUCGUCAUCGCUGGCAGCCUUUGCUUCCUCCUGCAAAGGUCACGGACCGGCUUCCAGCAUUCGUCCACGAUGAUCAAUAAGCUCAUGAUCUUCACCGUGAACACCGGUCUUCUGACCAGCAUUUGCGCGAUCAUGUCGCUGAUCAUGAUUUCGGUUUCUCCGAACUCGUUCCUGUACAUCACUUUCUUCUUCACCCUCGGUCGUUUGUAUGUCAACUCGCUCCUGGCUACCCUCAACGCCCGCGCGUCGAUUCGCGAGUCCUCCUCCGGCCACGUCGGCGGCCAGUCCGGCCUCUCGCUCGACAACGUGCGGCGCAUGGGCAACACCGGCGUGCAAAAACAGUCGUUACCCUUCCACUCCUUCUCCUCGGGCGACCAGGCAACGCCGAAGAACAUCUCGAUCAAAAUCGACACCGCUCACGAGUUCCACCGGGACGGAACCGACCAGGACGACUCCCUGGACGACACCUACAAGGCGCGAUGA